AGGGGACAAAGGGCCAGCUGUAAGUACCAUUACUAUAAUUCAUGCAUGUUCACUCAAUGUCUAAAAUAAAAUUUGCCACACUUGCUAAUAGCAGUUGAAUUUAAAAAAAAUGCACCAGCAAAAAUAAAUAAAUAAAUAAAUAAAUAAUUGAAUAAAUAAAUUAUGUAUUUAGUUGCCAGUGCAUUUUCUUUCAUAAUAUAUAUUUAACAUGUAUGAAUUGUAAUUUCCGACCAGAAAAUUGUGCUUGCAUUUGGUGCUUGGUGUAUGUUCAAACCCUACUUUCUUGUUUUCAUAUGCAAUAAACCUUAUUUUUUAGGGUCCUGCUGGAUUGGCUGGCCUAGGGGGGCCUCCAGGACCAAAGGGGGAUUCUGUCUCUGCUCAGAGUGGUUUGCCUGGUCCAAGGGGUCUUCCAGGUGCCCAAGGUAUCAGAGGAGAACCUGGUCAAGUAGGACCUCCUGGACCUACAGGAGAGAGGGGCUACACAGGUCCUCGUGGGGAAAAGGGAGAAAAAGGAGCCAGUGGAGAAAGUGGAAAAGAUGGCUUCCCAGGAAGUCCAGGAGAGCCAGGAAAACCAGGGGCGGAUGGGAAGCCGGGCUUGCCUGGGUUCCCAGGAGUGUUGGGCAGACCGGGGAAUCCAGGAGAACCAGGAAUAAGAGGACCAACUGGACCCAUGGGCGGAAAUGGACCCCCAGGGGCUCCUGGUGUGAAGGGUAACCAAGGAGAACCAGGCAUUGGAGUUCAAGGUCCUCCUGGACCUCAGGGCAACAGAGGGUUACCUGGACCUACAGGCACUCCAGGAGCAAUAGGACCACAAGGACCUCCAGGGCUUUCAGGACAAGUGGGAGAAGGGGGCAAGCCUGGGGUCCCAGGGAGAGAUGGUGUUCCAGGGAAAGAUGGCCUGCCAGGGUUACCUGGGAAACUGGGUAUUGCCGGACCCAUCGGCCCCCCAGGACUUAAAGGAGAGCAAGGAGACAGCGGUCCGCCAGGAAAGUCUGUCACCGGACCCCCUGGAAUGAAGGGUGAGAUGGGUCCUCCUGGUCUGACAUUGCCAGGUACAGUUGGAGAAAAUGGCCUUCCUGGAUUACCGGGCCCAAAAGGGGACAAAGGGCCAGCGGGGAUCAAAGGAGAAAGAGGUGCUGCGGGUGAUCCUGGAGAUCCUGGUGAGAAUGGAAUGAGAGGACCAUCUGGGCCCAAAGGAGUCAAAGGAGAGGCAGGUGUGGGCAUGCCUGGGCCUCAAGGACAAUCUGGACCCAUCGGCUUAAAGGGUGACCCUGGCUUACCAGGUCCUCCGGGCCCUCCUGGACCACGUGGAUUGGAUGGCAGGCCCGGACUGGCAGGGCAGAGAGGUGAAGUUGGUCAGCCAGGACCCCCUGGACCACCAGGAGAGAGGGGUCUACAAGGAUUUAUUGGCAAAGCCGGAAACCCAGGAACGCCAGGAGCUGCUGGGCCCCCAGGACCCCCUGGUAAUGCGGGCCUUCCAGGACUUAAGGGUGAUAAGGGUGAAAUUGGUGUAGGAGUGCCAGGUUCAAGAGGAGAGAGAGGAGACGCAGGGCCUAGGGGAGAAGAAGGUCGGGCUGGAACAGAUGGAGAGAGAGGCCCUACUGGUCCUCCUGGCAGCAAAGGAAACAGAGGAGAUAAGGGUGAACAAGGUCCUUCAGGAAUAAAAGGCGAAAAGGGAGAUACUCUGCUGGUGGGGGGACCUUCAGGAGAGAAAGGAGUGAAAGGAGAAACCGGGGAGCGAGGAACUAAAGGUGCACAGGGUGAAAAGGGUGCAAAGGGACAGGAAGGACCACCAGGAGAACAGGGUCUGAGAGGGGAGCCGGGAGAGAGAGGUUCCACUGGCUUCCAGGGAGCCCGUGGUCCUGGUGGUCAGAAGGGAGAAGCAGGGCAGCCAGGUAUCCCAGGAGAAGCAGGAACACCUGGUAAAGAUGGUCUGUCUGGCAUGAGAGGAGAGAAGGGAGAGGUUGGGCCCGUAGGUCAGCGAGGCCUCAAGGGAGAACGAGGCUCCAAGGGAGCAUGUGGACCAAGCGGACCAAAGGGAGACAAGGGGGAUGCUGGGAUUAAUGGCAGACCGGGAUUGCCAGGGAGGAAAGGAGAGCAGGGUGAAGUUGGGUCUCCAGGUCUCACAGGAAGUCCAGGGAAGGAGGGACUCAUUGGAGCCAAGGGUGACAGAGGCUUUGAUGGAGUUUUGGGGCCGAAGGGAUCACAAGGAGAGAAAGGUGAACGGGGCCAACCUGGUAUCCCUGGCCCCCCUGGUCUAAGAGGAGCAGAUGGACCCCUUGGUCUAACAGGCCCUCAAGGACCUGCUGGAGGUAAAGGUCCAGAGGGCCUGCAGGGGCAAAAGGGAGAAAGAGGUCCUCCAGGCCCUGCUAUGGUUGGACCACGUGGCAUACCUGGGAUCCCAGGAGAAAGAGGAGAACAGGGUGAGAUUGGCACUGAUGGACCUAAAGGAGACAGAGGACAACCAGGCAUGACGGAGGAUGAGAUUCGGGCUUAUGUUCGAAGAGAGAUGAACCUGCAUUGUGCUUGUGGAGGUGUUCAGGAAGUUGAGAAACCUGUACAGGUUCAUGCUUACCGAAGCUCCUCCACGUCCCUAGAGAGCUCACUAAUCCAAGGGGACGAGGAGGGUCAUAAGCUGCGUGUUGUGAUGAACACAAACGAUCCAGACUAUGAGCACAUUUACUCUAUAGAGACCUAUGAUGAUGAUGCUCCAGUAAUGGAGAUCGCUGACUAUGACACCACGGUCAAUAAAAGCCAGGGUCAAACCGUCUCUUUUGAUUCAUUAAGCUGAAAGGACAAAAUUUGAGGUGAAAGGUGAAGACUCCUGCAUCUUGCCCAUGGAAGAGGGUAAUUGUUCCCACUAUACUCUGCGCUGGUACUUUAACUCUGAAGUGGGCGUUUGUAGACCUUUUAUCUACAGCGGCUGUGGAGGAAACGCUAACCGCUUUUUACAAAAGGAAGAAUGUGAGAAACUCUGUCUACAAGAGUAAGAAGAAUUUUGUUUUAGCUUAAAUACAAGAGUUGACAGUAAAUGGAGGAUCACAAACUUGUCAGCAAUAAGAAAAAACCUAAACCGUAGUGUUUAACACUGCCAUCAUGCACAAGAGAUCAAGGUAAAGACUGAUGUCAACACCUUUUCCUCAACCGGACAAGCAAAUUUUAAAUAUUGAUCAGGUCUUUAAGGUUUUUCUUGUUUAUUUAUUUUGUGUCUGUUGAGCUACCAAGCAAUCUUCCUGCCAUUCUGGAUACAUUGAUUUUUAUAUUAUAUACAUACACACACACACACACACACGCACACACUACUUGCACUUGCUUUAACACACGUACAUUAGUCCAUUUAGUAACUGCAUACAAUAUUAUCUUUCAUUUUUUCUCCUUGAUGUUGCAUAUUUACACCCACUCACAUUUUCUCAGGUGCUAAAAACAGAAACUAGAACACGCAUUGUAAUAUUCUUAACAAAUUCAUCUUAGACUUGUUCGUAGAAUAAGUCUGUGCUGUACAAAAUUGUACUGUAAAUGUAGAUCUGUAUUUUUAUCUGCUUGAAAAUGAGAAUGAAUGUUCUUGUAUUAUUAGAUGCUGCAUGUUUACUUGGACAAAUGGUGCUAUUUUUUAAAGCUAUUUUUAUAUUUUUGACUGAUUUGAUUGUUUUCAUGUAUUCCGUUCAUUAUAUUCAGUGUUUAUUUCCAUUAUAGUGUAAGGAUUUUAGAGUCCUGUUCAUUUUAAGUGAUGUUGGAGCAAUUUACAGUUUUCUUUGCACAGUUUUAAUAGCACAUAAAAGUAGUCAAAUAUAGAUUCAUGCAUUGUAAAGUUAUCUUUUCUACAUGAGUUCCGUAUUUGCUUGAAAUAAACAUUGAAAUUUAAAAGGGGAAAAAAUAACAUGAAACAAGACAUAAAUCUCUAUUUAAAUGUGAUGAACAAGUCUGAAUUUAAUGUGUUGGAGUGUUGGGGCUCUCAUUUUAACAAUAUAUAUUUGACAUUUGACUAGCCUUUUGUCAACUAGAGCCAUAUUAAAAAGGUCAGUAACCACCUGUAGUUUAUUUAGACCAGAACUACAUAGUCUUCUCAUUCUUUCUUCUCUCUCUCUCUGUAAAUUUGGUGUAACUCUAUGUUGUGUUGUCUUUUUGGGAGGUGGGUGGGGGGAGGGGUUUGUUUGUGCAUCAAUCCUAGUCACACUUCUGAUGAUUCACUAAUGGUUCUGGACCAUCUUGUUAAGAUGCCAGUGUACACUCAUUACUACUCCUCCGGGGUUGUCACUCAAACACUGUUUUCAUAUUCAUUUCUACUCAUAUUUAUUCAGUGACUGCAUUUUAGCCAGUCCAUCUGUUAGGGUAUUUUGUUUUAUACUCUCAUGCCUGCUUAAUAACAUUGUUUGAGUCUAUAUUUUUAUUCUUGAGAUGAAUCCAUCAUUGUGCCUUUUAAUGAGUUUAUUGUAAUGUCAGUCACUGACAACUGUGCAUAAAAUUCACUGUGGUGCUCCAGAGGUCAACCAUGUCUAUCUAUAUCAUGUUUUAAUCAAGCCUUGGAUGCAAUGAAUAUUUGGAAAAAACA